UGUUCUGCUACUUCAUGUUAUAUAAACAGCAUUGCAUUUAUUCUUUCUCUACUCAAUACUUCCAAGUGUUCUUCAAAAAGUAAGCUUUUUUGAAAAACCAAUCUUUAUACGAAAAUGCCAGCUCAAUUCACACUUUAUACUCACAAGGGACCAGGUCCAAACCCUCUCAAGCCAGCAAUCUUGUUGGAAAAGCUCGGUUUGGACUUCGAUGUGAUCGAUUUAGACUUCGGUGACGAUCCAAAGAGAGGUGUCAAGAGUGAAAAUUUCUUAAAGAUUAACCCUAACGGACGUGUUCCAGCUUUGGUUGAUCAUAGCAAGAACGAUUUCACCGUUUGGGAAAGUGGAGCAAUCCUUUAUUAUUUGGUUGAACAAUACGACAAAGAAGGCAAAUUCUUCGGUAAAGAUGUUGCCGAGAAGACGGUUGUUAUGCAAUGGCUCACUUUCCAAUUGAGUGGUCUCGGACCUGUUCAGGGUAAUGUUAACUAUGCCCAUCACUACUGGGAACCAACCUACGGUGAAAAGCCAUGCAAGAGUGUAUUCACCCGUUUUGAAGGUGAAACACACCGCCUUUACAAAGUUAUGGAACAACAACUCGAAUUGCAACAAAAGAAAGGCAGUAAAUAUAUUGCAACCGAUCGAUUGUCCAUUGCCGACAUUUCAUUCUUUACUUGGGUUCGUAUCGCUGGCUUUGGUAAGGUUGAUUUGAGUCCUUACAAUCAAGUUAAUGCAUGGCUCAAGAACAUCGAGGCAGAUCCACAAGUUCAAGCAGCCGACAAGAAGUUGCCCAAGUAAUCGUUGAAGUUACGGGCUUCUUACUAAUCAAAUCAACUGUGGAUUAUAAUUAGGGAGACAGACAUUAUCGUUGUACUUAAGUGAAUCUUUGUUUCAUAAUCAAUGAAUGUUUUAGUCUAGGAAGGAU